ACACUACACCAAACUUCUUCGCCAGACCGCCCCUCCACCUCCUCUACCAUGACGACGCCAAUUGCCGAAAUUCCUGAGCCCCAGUACCACAUGCCCACCGUCCAGGACCAGCGCUCCUCCGACGAGGAUGGCACCGUGGUGGGAGAGGGAUCUUUCCUUGACGACAAUACGAACACCGGCAGAGGACGCAGCAACAGCCGGUUGACUCUCAACACAGAAGGCCAUCUGCGGCCAAUGGCCUCCAUGGGCUCCAUCAAAUCCCCGUCACAGUCGCGCGAGCAGGCUCACCGACUGGACGAUGACUUGGCCAUGCUCCAGGUGGAGCGGCAAAUAUCCCAGCAGAAUAGUGACGAGCUGGGCCGAGAAAACUCGCAGACGCGUUCCAUGCACCGCUCCAGGUCGCGUCGGGAGGAUCCAAUUGACGACUUCGAUGCCGCUACCAACCCUCUCCACGAGAAGACCGCAAUAUACAAACCGCCCGAGAAUCCCUCUACCACCUUUGCCAAGUUCAUCAAGAAGGUCCACCAUUCUAGCUUCUUGGUCCGAUAUUUCGUCUACAUUACGCCCGUUGUCCUGAUCAUCCUGAUCCCGCUGCUAUUGGGGGCUCUUAUAUUCAAAAAAGCCUCGGUUGGCGGUGUUUUCCUCGUGUGGUUCUGUGUCUGGCUGGAAAUAGUCUGGCUCACCCUCUGGGCUGGCCGAAUUCUGGCGAAAUGUCUACCUUGGCCAAUCGGAUUGGUCUCCAGCCUUUUCACCAACAACAGCAAGAAGUGGAGGGACAUGGGAAAGCAGCUCGAAGUGCCCGCGACGUUGUUCUUCUGGUGGCUUGCCAUUGAGAUAUCCUUCCUACCGACGAUGAAAAACCACCACUCCAACGGCAACAAGACGACAAAGAGCUGGGAGAAGACUAUGAACAAAGUGCUCAUCUCGAUCUUCGUGGGCAUGAUUCUCAACUUCGUAGAGAAGAUUAUCAUCCAACUCAUCGCCAUCAGCUUCCAUCUGCGGACAUACUCGGAUCGAAUUGAGCUCAACAAGUUCCAAAUUGGCAGCCUGGCGAAACUCUACAAAUUCUCAAAGGAUAAGAUUGCCAUGGAAGAUUCUGAGUUCGAGCAGAAGUCGGGCACUGCUUCUGGAGCACGCACACCUGGUCAGCUUGUCAAGGAAGCUCAGAAGAACACCAAGGAAGCCUUCAGCAAGUUUGGAGACGUUGCUGGCAAGAUCGCUGGUGAUUUUACUGGUCGCCAGAUCGCACAAAGUAACCAUCCCAACCAGGUUGUACUAACCCUCAUGUCCACUACUGGUGGGAGUCAAGUAUUGGCCCGCCGAAUGUACCGCACUUUUGCGCGGGAAGACACCGAAACCGUUCACUCAGAAGAUUUGAAAAGUGCCUUCGAAAGCGAGGAGGAGGCUGAUGCCGCGUUCUCCAUGUUCGACAAGGACAUGAAUGGAGAUAUUUCAAUGGAGGAGCUAGAAGCCGUGUGCGUGGAGAUUGGCCGAGAACGCAAGGCUAUCACCGCCUCCCUGAAGGAUCUGGAUUCUGUUGUAAGCAAGUUGGACGAUGUCUUCAUGUUUGUGGUUUUCGUCAUCACGAUUCUCGUGUUCAUCUCUCUCAUCUCAACUUCGGCUGCUGGUGUUCUUACAUCGGCCGGUUCCACCGUUUUGGCUCUCUCGUGGCUCUUCUCCGCAACCGCCCAAGAGUUCCUUCAGUCUGUCAUCUUCGUCUUCGUCAAGCAUCCAUUCGAUGUUGGUGACCGUGUUGGUAUUUACGGAAACACCGGUGCCCUUGGUCGCGGUGAUGACUACUUCGUUAAGGAAAUUGCCCUUCUCUACACUGAGUUUAAAAAGAUGGAAGGCCACGUUGUCCAGGCCCCUAACAGCUACCUCAACACCCUUUUCAUCCUUAAUCAACGUCGUUCUGGAGGUCUUGCCGAGGCUGUCCCUGUCAUUAUCAAAUUCGGCACUACCCUCGAGCAGAUUGAGACACUCAGAGCACGACUACUCGCUUUUGUCACGGAGGAGAAGAGAGAAUUCCAGAACAAAAUUCUUACCGAAUUACGUGAGGUUACGGAAGCCCAUUCCAUCACUCUAAACGUUGUUUUCUUCUACAAAUCUAACUGGCAAAAUGAGUUACUUCGUCUCCAACGUCGCAACAAGUUCAUCUGCGCCUUGAUGGUGACAAUGCAGGAUGUUGGAAUCGAAGGCCCUCGCAUGCGGUUCCCUGGACAAAAGGAGUCUUUCCCCGUAUAUAUGCAGAACCUUCCUCAUACGGCUACUCCUGGCGCUGGCCACAAUGGCAAUCCUGACAACCCCAACGGUUUCCGCAACAACGAGUCUCAAGACGCACCAUUCGUUCCCCCGAUGGAGAACAGUUCCCAGUCAGGACACAGCCCCGCACCAGCUCGAUAUGGUUCUAUUCUCCGUAACGGCGGUACCCGUCCUCGCGGUGAAUCACUUGCUGCCAUGGGCCGACGGGUUGAUUUUUCCCUCGGUAUGAAGGACAUUUCGUCUGGCGAUAUGGCCGGCGAUCUCUUUGAAGAUCGAGAUUCUCGAGACCAAUCCCGGCUAGCUGCACUCCGGUUGACCAGCCCUUCACCUCGCGUUUCACAAGACACCCGAUCGCGGUCGUCGCGCGACACAGAACGUACCACCAGCCACACCACCGCGAUUGAUGAUUUCGCCCUGAAAGGGAGACUCAACCGCAUCAACACCGACAGUUCUACCGCUCGUGAUCGGAGCAACCACCGCAAUCGCUUCUUCGGACGGGGCAGAAAGUCCGAGGAUGAAGCCCGUAUGAUGGAAACAGGCAUGGCUGAGAUUCCUGAGGAUGGCAGGCAAACAUCGUCCAGCGACCGCCAUCGUCUCGAUCCACGUACGGGUUUGGUCAGCCCAGUAGCAAUUCGCCUACAAUCGGAGGAGAACCUUUCCCAGCAUCACGCUUCCGGCGGUCUUCCACCGUCCUCCCACUCUCAUGACCUCGAUCUCCACAUGCCUCCUCGGAGCCAGACGGAUACCUUCGAGAUGCGACGACUCCAUUAGAUGAUACUCCUAGAUUUUUCGUUUGUUAGAAAUUGUCUGUUUUGCGGCAUCAACGGCGCAGGCUGGCAAUGGAUGUUUGCCUCCACAUUCUGCUUUUAAUUGUUUUCAGCCCAUUUGUAGAUUCUCUUUGGGCUAUGACUUCAUGCUAGCGAUCCUGGCCUGCUAGACCUUUGUUUUUUGUUCUCUCCUCUGCUACUUAAGUAACAGUCCGAUGA